AUCAUCCUCAAAACAUAUCCUAUUUCAAGGACCCUAACACAACCAUCAUGAUACUUUUAGAAAAUGUGGUGUCCUCAUGAGCACUUUGUAUAACUCUUUAUACAAAGAGAUAUACAAAGGGGGGCAACUGUAGACACCACAUUUUGUCCGGAGCAACCAUCCUACUCAAAAUUCGGAAGAAUAUUCCAUUUAAAAUUAAAAAAGAAAACCCAAGUGAAAGUUUAGACGGAGUUGGUUGAGAUUAGCAGUGGCAAAUCAACAAGUACCAAUAAUUUCGAAGUCCUCCUUCUGUUUAGUUCGAAUAUUUGUACUAGGUAGGAUUAGCAGUAGCUAAUGGCUACCAAAUUCGCUUUAUUUAGAAUAGCAAUAGUAUGCCGUCACGACUUAUACCGGUAAUAUUGUUAACGAUUGGUGAUAUAGGUCUGAAAUUGGUUGAAUGGGGUAUUGGUCACGAUUCAUAACUAAGAAUUAUUUACUUAGAAGUUGGGAUAUUGGUCACGAUUGUAGUUAACGAAUUGGUUUGAAAUAAUCAAUUGAAUGAUUGAGUAAUACAUACAAUGAUCAUCUAAUUCUAAAGGCAAGGACAUAAAUAAACAAAUGUGUAAUUACAAAUUACAAUCUGUGACAUUUAAGAUACACCUUGUAAUUAUACAAUUAAAAAUAAAAAAUAAAAAAAAUUCUGCUUUUGGUGGCACCAAUCAGAAUUAGAGGCCUAGCCUUUUGAGGCUAUUUGGGCCUCCUUAGGUCAUCAUUUUGGGCCAGACCAGAGACCUGCAAAGAAAAAAGAAGUGUUAGAAGGGCAUCCCAAAACAAAAACCCACAAUCCAGGUCCAUAUCUCAGCCCAAUUAACUCUGGUCAACCCGGGUCAACUCGGGUCGACCGGGUUAGCUCUGGCCGACCCGGUCAACCAAACCCAUCAUCCUUAUCUUAUCUACAAGAAUAGCAGAACCGCCGAACAGCAGAGUAGUAGAGUAGUAGGGUAGCAGAAAUUACUGCCAUCUCAAAAAGAGGAAUUCGGCUACCUCCUCCAAAGAACCAACACCAAAUUGCCAACACAAAAGUUGGUUCAGACAACCACCUCAAGAGCAAAGGAGGAGCAGCCAGCACACAAUAAUGAACAGUAAAAAGUGAUCAUAUAUAAGGGGGUUUUCUUACCCCAAACAGGGGGGAGAGGGAGAACCAACAAAAAAAAACACACAAAAAGGGAGACAAAGAGCAUUAAAGAGCACUAAGCACCAAAAAGACAGAAGCACUAAGGAUCCAAAAAGGGCAGGGAGUCAGAAACAGCAACAAGCUAUCACCAUCAAAACUCCACCAAAUCGCAAACACAGGUCGGUUUUUUUUCUACACCCCAUCAAUCAUACAAGCGUGUAGUCAUCCAUACAUCCAUGUAGGAAAAUUCAUAUAGCAUGUUUGUAAAUGAUGAUGCUUCUAAAUUCAUAAUCCAUAGUUAGGCUGCCUAAAUUUGUAUGCGAAGUGGAUAUUACGAAAUUCUGAUCUUCGUGACAUGUAUGCCUCUUUAUGCCAUUCAUUUCUUUCGUUAUAUGACAAUUUACUUUUUAUCACAUAAAUACAAUGAAUCAGUUUGAGUUGCUCUCAGUUUUUCUAGCAAGCAUAAUUCUUGUUAAGCUGCUAGCUAAACCUAGCACUAUUAUCAGCCAGGCUAGUUCAUUUACUCUUUCAACAUAGCAAUAAUCAAGCAAUCCAUUCAAAACAUAAAAAAAUUCAAAUCAGACCUUUGAGAGAGUAUUUUAAAAUACCUCAUUUUGUGUUUAAGGGUACCCCUUUUCUUUAGCCAAUUACCAGAUUUGAUAAUCACGAAGUUCUCAUUUGAUUAUUAUUUUGUAUGCUAAAUACAAUAAAACACUUCCAUUAAAAAUUCCAUUUGUUACUAAUCGGUAUUAGCCUUUUAAUCAAAUUGUUUAACCAAUUGACAGUCAUAAGCAGUAGCUAUGAUUGUCGUAUUACCUUUAGGACCAUUAUAGAUUUUCAAAUUUUAAUAAAGCAAAUUCUCCACCAUAUCCAAAACCAAACAUUAAGGCUAAACAAACCUAGGAGGUCUAACAAAAUUUAUUUUCACAAUACCAGAAAGUUCUAUAAACAAUCAUAACGAUAAUUAAACCACCCAUUUUAGGUUUAGAAGAGGUAUCACCUAGUUUCUUUCAAAUUGAAUAAGAUCUGCAAAAAAUUAGGAAAUCGAGAGUUAGAACCCCAAAAAUGAUAAUAGGUAAAAAACGAGAAUAAAAAAUAAAACAAAUAACUUACCCCCAAACAAAACCCUCGCCGUCGGUUCUGGCGCUGGCCGCGCCGCCGGCGACCGCCGCCUUCCCUUCCCUUCCUUCGGCAGGGAUCCGAAACAAAAAAAAUAAAACAAAGGAAAGCCAAACAAGUCAAAAUCCCAAUAUUAUUCGUUAAAUCGAAUAAAAAUGGACAUGCAUUGUAAAAGGGGGCUUACCAGAGGGUAAAACCUCCUCCUCGUCACCUCUGUUCCAACUAGAAGCGAUAGAUCGAGAUUAUUAGAAUGCAAAUCGAGGCCCCCUCCUCGGUUUUGGAUCGAUCUCCGAAAGAAAAACAAGAAAUAGGUUUAGAACAUAGAAAAUCUUAAAAUCGAAAUCGAAAAAUGGUAAAAAUCUUACAUGCAAGCCAAAAAAAAAAAACCUAACCUUUAGAAAACCCUAGUCGUCAUCGUCACUGCUGGCGUUGGCAGCGCUCGUCCUCAGUCGUCGCCGCCGCCGCCGCCUCUUUUCCCCGUCACCACUCGUUUCCAGAAUAAGGAGAAGGGGAGAUAGAUUAAAUAUGAAGAAGGCUCAUCUCCUUUUCUCGAUUUACAUGAAGAACGCGAGAAGGAGAAGAUGUAGAUGGCGGCGUUGUUCGGAUGGUUAAGUGAUUAGGGUUUUCGUUUCGAGGUAGGGAUUAGCGGGAGAUAGGGAGGCGAGAGACGAGGGAGAAGAAGAUGAGGGUGGCGCUAGGGUUUUGGUUCGCUCUCUGGAAGAGAACGAGAGGGAGAGGGGAGAGAGGGUGAGAGCGGCGGCUAGGGUUCAUGUUUGGUCUUCUCUGGAGAAGAUGAGAACGAGAGGGAGAGAGGCGAGAGGGAGAGUGAGGCGGCCGACUUUCUAGGGUUUUCGUUAGAGAUUUAUAUACCUCAUCGAUUGUAAAGACUAAAAUGCCCCUAGGGUUUUCUAAUUACUACCUAUCCUUGCCACCUCGUUUCCGUGAAAUCACCAAAAUGCCCUUCCCCCGUCUCUGAAUUAAAAACGACGGAGCAAAAGGGGUUGGAUGGGUUUCGAACCCUGCUCACGCGGAAUCAACUGCAGGGUUAGCAACUAGGCCAGUUGGGCUGCUAGCCCAUCAUGCGUUAGUUUAACCAUCUCACUUAGUUUAAUUUGUUUAGAAGUCCUUAAUACGAAAUGUAGAAUUGCGGAUUAAGUUCAUCUCAUUUCUUUUCUAAUACAUCAAAUCUCCUUUUAAUAACUGAAAUCCUCAUAUUAUAUUUUCAUAAUUUCAUAAUAUCAACUUAAAUUUUAUUAACAAUAAAUUUGGAUGCGAAAACCACGAUCAGCGGAACGUGGUAAUAAUAUUAUUUAAAAUUAUCAAAGUACAAACGAACUACGUGGACUUUGAUCCCGUCUAACGGGUACGUAGGCAACCGAUAAGGUUCGAGUCCAACUAACCAAUUAACUUUAUCUUUUACGUCAGUGGACGUAUAAUUUAAUUACAACUAACACGAUUUAGUUUCUUUAAUGGUCCAGUAGGACCCUAAAAUAUUACUAAAAUACACCCAACUCGUACAAAAAACUUAUCGACUUAAGUAGUACCAAUUUAGGGCGUCGUGGGGUGUGAUUUCACUUCCCCACACGUAACCGUACUCCCGAACCCAGAACUUCAUUUUCGCAGACCAUAUCUCGGUUCUGACCCUAAGGUUAGAGCCGAUCCUAAGAGUGUUCGAUCCACUCCAAGUAAGAUCGAUGGCGACUCCCAAAAAAAAUGCCGACGCGACGACAUCGGACCCCCCCCGGACGGGACGGUUGCGACAUUAGGUACUAAAAUGUCAUAAUGAAAAUUUUUAGGUACCAAAAUGUAAUUUUCCAAUGAUAUUUUUGUAUAAAAAUAUAAAUGUUAGGUACCAAAAUGUAAAAUAUAAAAAAUAUAGGUACCAAAUCGUAAUUUAACAUUUGGAUCCAUGGAUUGAUCCAUGAAUCCACCAAUCCAAUUGGAUUUGGAUCAAAUGGAUUGGAUUUAAAUGGAUUGGAUUAAAUGGAUAAUUUGGUGGAUGGAUUGGAUUGGAUUCAUGGAUUUGGAUCCUAAUUGCCACCUCUACUCUCAUCAGUGUUAAGUGAAACGCACGUUUUGGGCGAAUUAUGGGCAGACCUUGUUUACGACCGUAAUUCAGCCCGUAUUUUGCCCAAAAUCGGGUUUGAGGCAGAUUCGAGCCAAAGGAGAGGGAAUCGAGUUUUUGAGCAAAAAACAGAGCUUUAGAGAGAGAAAGUGCGAAGAACAAACCCUAGGAGCUAUUUGGAGUGUAUUUCUCACCAUUGAAGCCCAGAUUGCAUCCCUAGGAGUGAAGAUCGUCAUCGUAGAGCAGAUUAUCCUCAUCUUUAUGAGUAUGACUACUCUGAUUUCUGUUUUCCUCUCUCUCUCUCUCUCUCUCUCUAUGGAGUAGAACUCUCUCUCACUUGGGUAUGAAGAACCCUAGUUCCAUGUGUUAGGGAUCUUGAUUGUAAUGACUUGGGAUUGAUAUACUGAUUGAUUUUAAUCGAUUAAUGCAUGAUUCAUUGAGUCAAUUGAAGCCUGAUCAUCUUUUCUUGAUUUUUGCUGCAACCUGAGAUAGAUAGAAUCUGAUUAGGUUGUUAGAGCUUCAUCAAUCGGUAGUGGUAGAUUGGUUAUACGAGAGUUAAUCGAUUUAAUGCUUUGUACUGGAAUCUAAUUCCAGUAGUGGAGUUCUGCGUUUAUUGCCUCAACAUUCUAUCCAGGUGAAGGCUAGUCGCCUGCCUGUUAGUCUGCCUGAGAGGGCUUGGUCAGCUUAAGAGAUUCCAAGCUACUGUCGGAUCUUCCGCAGUUUAAUCAACAGUUAAUCAACCCAGGGUAAUUACAACCUUGACCUAACUAAGGAGAUAGGGGGACUCAUUCUCGAGUGACUCUUCCCUUGCUUAAGAACUUCGAACCAUUUCCUGCUUUCUUACUGCUUUUGCUUAAAAUCACAAUCACUCGACAUAGUUUGCUAGAUAAUAGAUAAUCACGGAGUAGGCAGUAGAUCUAGACCCCGGAUUGACAAAUAGAACUUGCCACUAGUCUGCAUUUUCGGAUUGCGAUUACACUUGGUUGCAGUUUGGUGUUGUGUUUUAGCGUGUCAAGUUUUUGGCACCGUUGCCGGGGAACUCUAGGUUAUUGUAGAAAUGUGAAAGUCUGUUACUUUGGCAUUUACUUUUAUGCAUCCUCUCUUUUCCACCCUUGUUUUUCACUUGGGUAUUUUGUUUUUGUUGGUACAGAUCUGAUACAUGGAUCCUCAUGGCUUCUCCAACCAUUGGGGGUAUCCACCACCACCCGAGUGGUAUUACCCCGAGACUUCCUGGAGCAACCAAGGAGGAGAAGACUAUAGAGUCUGGUCUCAGUACCAACCCCCCUACUACGAAGAACAAUCAGACCCUUGGGUAUUUCAAGAACAAUCUCAUUAUCAAGAAGAAUUCCUCCCACAACUAGAAGGGCCAUCAAAUCUUGAUUUAGCCACAGCCCUCACAGGCCAUCCGGCAGAGCCAUGCUACACUCCACAGCCAGAUCCAAACUAUCACUUGAGGCUUCUCGUGGAGCAGAUUGCUCGAGUACCUGAGAGAUCCUUUUCCGAGAUGGAUCCUCAUAUACAGGCCAUUGCCCAAACUGACUUCUCAUUUCCACGUGAAAUAGAGGAGACCCUUCGGAGCAUCAAGAAGCACAUAGAGGUCAUUGAGAAAGCUUAUGCACAGUUUUCCCAAGACAACCUUUAUGCUACAAUACAAGCAGAGAAUGAGGAAGAAGUCAAUCAUGAGGAUGUCGUGGAGCAUACAGAAGUUGUCAAGAAGAGCUCAUGUGAUGAUCAUGAUCAGAAAUGUCCUGUUGUAGCCGCCCAUCCCUUUCUUCAACCCACACCGAGCGCUGAAGAGGCGGGCAUGAGUGAGGAGAUGCAAGCUGAUCUUAUUGAAAAGAUUGCAUGGCGACUUGCUCUCCAAUCUGUGCUAGAAGAAGAAGAGCGAGAAAGGAUGAGGAAAGAAGUUGUGGAGGAUGACGGAAGCGAAUUAGAGGAAGUCCUUGAUCUUUUCCCAAGGGAGGAAUCAAAUUCUGAGGACGUAAGGGGGGUUGAAGAAGCAAUUGGCGUCCAGGCUAAGGAUGAAGUUGAGGUGGAAGAGGCUUGCACCGACCAUGAGUUACAUGUGAUAUCUCCACCAAACUUCGAGGAGCUGCUUGGCAAGGACCCAUUUGCAGUGUCUCUUUGCCAGACCAAGGCCACAUCGACAUUGGUCCCUCUUGGUGGACGCGAUGGUGGUCGGUCGAUGCUGUCAUAUCUGGUUUGGGCCAAUGAGACGAGUGAGGAAGAAAAAGAAGAGGUCUCGCGGGUGGAGACUUCAUAUUCAUCAAUUACACAAGCCUACAUCACCUGUCAUACCACCUGCGUGCUUGUGACUUGAGACCCCACAUCAUCGACGAGAACCUCAACUUCAAGGAGGUUCUAGCAUGGACCAAAACUUAGGAGCCACCGUCCGGCUCACGACGGCAAAGAAGCGCUUGUGGGGAGGCAACCCCACCACGGUUUAUUUUGUUUGUUUUCGGAUUCCACUUGGAACUAUGGUUUCUUUCACCCAGUGUGUGUGUUUUCAUGACUCUAGCUCUGUGCUAGUUGGACUGGUCCACUUCUAGUCUCCUGCUCUUGACUGGUUUGCCUUCCAGUCACUGUUCCCGCUCAUCAUUUCCUGGUAACAUCAUUCCCCUUCCCUCUGCUCUAUUGAGGGCAAUGUCGAACUUAAGUGUGGGGGGUGCUUUGUCUUUAUUGGAACGUAUAUGUGUGUGCUUGGAGCCUAGUCCGUUGUACAAAUCUCGAGAUUUGAGGGCUCCAAGUACUGUUGUUGGCUUGAUCAUAUUGGCACUGUGGGUUUAAUUGGUGAAUCGCAUGACUUUCGAAUUGAUGUAUGGCAACUGGAUUGUGACUAGGACAAUCUAUAACGAUAACUGAGACGUGCAGUAGAGUUGUGUAGGGGUUCAGUUUUUCAACUGUUUGCUUACCAAUUGUGACUUGGAUUGAUCACUUGUUCUUGACAGUCGUUUAUGCAUCUAGUUCAGGGAAUCAGAAUGAGAGAUAGAGCAUAUAGGUAGCCAUGUGAGAUUUGAGCCUGCUCGUUUCUUUCUUGUGCGAUAGAUCCCUUAUCCAUGAUGUGUAGCAUUGACGUUGCCAUUAGCUAAGAUGAUGGAGGCAUAGGAAUAGCCCACGACCAAAUUGAUUGUCCUGGUGUGUCAUAUCCCCUAGUCAGCCCUUUGAGCCGUGUCACUUUCUUUCUUUCGGUCUACAAUGAAAAAUCACCCUUUUG